GGUACUCGUAUACGACUACAAUCAAUUUGUUACCUAUUCGCAUUUCUGUGUAUAUUUUUAAUAUAAUGUGCAUAUAAGUUCGCACCGCAUUUGAAAUGGGAAAGAGGAGUACAUGGAUUACGCCUUUCAAGAAACAGUGUUUCGUGACGUCAGGGGUAUGUCUGAACGUCGGUGGUCAUGGCCUGGUGAUUGGAUUUGCAGCCAUCCUGCUCCCUCAGCUGCGGCAGCCUGGCUCUCUCAUAUCUAUCGACGACUCCUCAGGAUCAUGGAUAGCCUCUAUCCUGGGUUUCGCGUUGGUUGCCGGCAAUUUCAUAGCCCCUACUAUUAUGGCGAAAUACGGCCGAAGAACUGCUAAUAUGGUCAGCAUAACACCCAUGAUCGUCGGGUGGAUAUGCGUACUUACUGCUAACAGUGUUUCCACACUUCUCGUGGCCAGGUUUCUACAAGGAGUCUCUAUGGGAAUGAGUGCUACUAUAGGACCUGUACUCAUCGGAGAAUAUACCAGCCCUAAAAACAGAGGUGCCUUCUUAACUGUGAUAUCCCUGACGAUUGCUACAGGGGUCCUCAUAGUGCAUACUCUAGGAUCAUACUUGAGUUGGCAGUGGACAGCGAUGAUUUGUUGUUUUAUAGCAUUUGUAGACUUGAUAAUUGUAAUAUACUCUCCAGAAUCACCCAGUUGGUUGGCUGAUCAAGGAAGGUAUAUUGAAAGCAAGGAGGUUUUCCGCUGGCUACGAGGGAAUGACGAAGAAGUAGAACUAAGAGAAAUGAUAGAAGCGAGCACCAUUUUAAAUGAAUCGAAAAUUGAAGCAAACGUAUCCCAAAGUUUUACAAAAAAAGUUAAUAUGAAUAUUGCUUAUUUCAACUCUACGAUUAGAAAAAAAGAGUUUUACAAACCAAUUUUCAUUAUGAUCCAUAUUUAUACGUUGGGACAGUGGGCAGGGGCUAACAUAAUUUCCUCUUACACAAAAGAUAUCUUUGAGAAUAUCAUAGGAACUGAUACUAAUAUAGCCGCAAUGAUCAUCGCUUUAGAUACUCAACGAAUUAUAUCCAACUCUGUCGCAGUGUACGUGAUUAAGAAGAUACGGAGAAGAACAAUGUUGUUUUCAACAGUUGGGAUUAAUAUUUUCGCAUUUCUGACGAUAGGGGCUUAUGUUUAUUGUAAAACUCAUGGCAUGUUGCCUUUCGAUCAUCCACUGAUAGGAACACUGUUGAUACACAUCCACAUGUUCUCUAUAGCAACAGGAACGGUGCCUCUGCCUUUCAUCAUAGCUGGGGAACUCUUCCCCUUGGAAUAUAGGAGUCUAGCUGGAGGUAUCAGCGUGCUGUUCCUGUCUUCAAAUUUGUUUAUCACUAUAAAAACUCUGCCUGUUCUUUUGAAAACCAUUGGUCUUUCUGGAGCAUAUUUGUUAUACGCGAUUGUCGUCGGUUACUGCUUGAUCGUGGCCGGGAUAUUCCUCCCAGAGACGAAAGACCGGACCCUCCAGGAUAUCGAAGAUGAGUUCAGAGGUAGACCUUUAUCCCCUGAAGAAAUUAAGUCCGUGCAGUCUCUCACGUCACUAAAUCUUUACAACGCAGACAGGAGAUUUAGUGCUCCUGUACUCUGAUAUUAUAGCAUUUUAUGAGAGUGCUACGAUCUUUUAUUUACGUUAAAAACGUCUGUGAUUGAUUUCUUAAAGUGUUAAUAAGAUAUUCCAUUAGUAAAGAUUAAUUAGUAAAAAAAUGUAUAAAUGUGCAAGUGUAAGCAGAAAUUAUUAGAUAAUAUAGCAUGGUAGGGUGCUAGUCAUUGUCAUAACUUGGUACAUUAUAUAAAUAAGAAUCAAAUAUCGAGCAUCAAAAGAAGUUCAAUAAAGGAUGGAUGUGAAAAUAUUAAAUAAAUGUAUAGAUUUAUGGAGAUUAGACUUAUCGUAAUACCUAUUAAACUAAUUAAGAUUUAAAUAAUUGUGCGAAACGCUUGAUAAUUAUAAGUAACGCUUUUAGAUAUUAUAUAUGAAUGGAAUUCCAGUACAUAUUAUUGAUAUAUUUGUUUUUGUUGUACCUACCUACGUCAUAAAUAAAAAAAUGACACGUUUAAAUUAUUUUCAAUUAAAUUAUUUUACAAAUAUUUCUAUGAUCACACCAGAUCCCUUAUGAGGUAGACCAUAUC